CUACAUUUUCAGUUUGUAUUACGAGUUGGGUCAAAGCCAAGCUUAGUUUGACAGUUUGCAAUUCAUUUCAGUCUUCGCCCUUGGCAUUGCGGCUUCCACCCAAUCGGAGAGAUGGGGUUUUCAAAAGAUCAACUUCUUGAACGCUUACAGGCUCAACAGGUGCAAUUUUCAAAGUAUGAGCAUCCUAUAGUUAUGACCGUCGAAGCUCAGGCAAAGUAUGUUGGACAUAUCAAAGGUGGAUUGACUAAGAACUUGUUCCUAAAGGAUAAGAAGCACAGAUUUUACAUUGUUUCGGCCUUGGCUGAUACCAAAGUAGAUUUAAAAGUUUUAUCUCAAAGGCUUGGCCUUGGAAAAGGAGGGCUCAGAAUGGCACCUGAAGAAGCACUUGCAGAAAUACUUCAGGUGCCGUUAGGUUGUGUUACUCCAUUUGCACUUCUGAAUGAAUCAGCUCAGCAUGUUUCGUUGUUGUUAGAUCAGGGUUUCAAAACGCAGGAGUGUUGCUUCUUCCACCCACUCUCCAAUGAUACGUCAAUCUCUCUUCACAUACAGGAUCUUGACAUGUUUCUCAAGUCAGUAGGAAGAGUCGUUGCUUAUGUUGAUUUGGAGGCUAAUCCACCAGUGGGGAAGGAUCAACCUCCGGAUUUAGCUGCUCUCGUUCCAUCUGACACCUUGAGCAUAACAGAUGUUUUGGAGAAAACAGCUUCUUUGCAGGUUGAUAGUGGUGUAAACAGCAAGCCAACCGCUGUUACAGCCAAAGCAUCAGAGCUUUCCAGUGGUCCACGGAAGGAGAAAUUGGCCAAUACCGCAAAAUCUUCAAGCUCUUUUGCGGAUCCUGAAAAGCUUAUUGAAGAAAUAUUAGAGAAAGCAUCAGCCAUCGUUCUUUCAGAGAUCAAAGAGGAAAAUAUUAAGAAGCAUGGGGAACAGCUUGGUGCUGUGGUAUCUAGCAGUAUGAGGAAAAAUCUUAGCUUGGAGUUGAAAAACCUAGCUACAAUGUUUAAAAAUACGGCGUACACGGAAGGGUUUGGUGCUGGUACUUGCUGCCCAGCAAAGCGUUUGUAACCGAAGCUUCUAAUUGGAUGAAUUUGGGAGGUGGGCAUGGAAGUAAAAGGAUAACAUCCAUUUGUUUGCCAUGAGAGUAAUAUUUGUUGCUUUCUUUGAUAUCAUUGAUGGAUGAUAACUUGAAUACAUGUCAAGUUUUUAGAUUCUACAGGGUGGGAGCACCAAGAACAAGAACCCUAGAAUUGAAAUCGUUAAAUGUUUUUGCAAAUCUCUGUUUUUGAAUGUACGUAUGGGGAUGAAAAGGUCCUGCCCCAAUGGUAAAGAUUGAAUUUUUACACUCUUUUAUUUGUGAAUGCAGCAGACAGAGAGAUGGCCAAAUUGGGCCUGGC